AUGGCCACUGAAUUAUUAUAAGAGAAUUAUGAAUUCAAUGCUCCACCUAGAGUGGUUUAGAAGAUGAAGUACAGAGAGGACAGGGAUGCUUGCAACAUUAUGUGGGAUAAGAGGGUCAUUAGAGGGAAUACAUAUUCAAGUGUUUUGAAUAAAUCAGAGCCAACUAUGUAGACAACUAUAAAGAGGAUUCAAAACACUAAAGUAGUGACUGAGAAGAAGGAGGAUGAAACUAUCCAUGACGAGGAAACACAAACUGACCCCAAUGUUGAAGAGUUAACUGACAAACCGCCUAGACAUCUAAGAGAAACUCAAACAGAAUUCGUAAUCGAGAAAGUUGUGCCUAGAUUGUACAUGAGAGAGAAGACAGGAAUAGAUGAAGAAACUCAAGUGUGGGAUGACGGGGAAUUGUUUAAUUUUGAAUAUGAAGCUGAUACCCAUUCUUUAAGUAUUGGUCAGAAAAACUUUGGAUUUAAGUCGAAUGGAAGUAUUAUAAGAAGAGGAGCUUAGAGAGAUGAAGGAGAACAAAUGGAAAUGGCUGAAUAGGAUAGGUUGGAGAGGAAAGAAUAACAGUUAUACAAUGAAAAUAUUAAAUUAAAAUAGCAAUUCCAUAAUUAAAAGUAGAGGGAUAUUAAGACGCAUGAAAAAUUAGUCAGUCGAGCAUCAGCUAAGAAAUAUCUAUCUAAAUGCGUUAAUUUGGCAUUAUAACAAUUGGACCUCAGUGGAUAUUUCAGAGAUCCUGUCGAAAUACAAUUAAUAUCUGAAUAUCUACCUUGGAUUUACUAGGAUGUGACAACUGAAUUACUGAAUUCUAAUCAUAUCCUUGUGGAAUACAACUAAAUGUUAGAUAACAUUGAUGAUAACAUGUUUUAAUUACACACCAAAACAUUAUCUAAAGAAAGAAGUCGAAGAUAAUCAAUACUAGAUGAAAGAGAGAGGCAAAGAAUAGCUAAAGAAGAAGCAGAUGCAUAAAGAAGAGAGAGAAGAAAAAUUAGAUUGGAAAAGGAAAGAAGAUAGAAAUUGAAAGAGACUGUUUAUGAGUAAAUGAUUACCAAGGGAGAAGAAAAAGAAUGGUUUAAUCUGAUAUCUGAUGUUGAUGGCUAUUAUCAAGGAACUAAUACUAUUGGUUAUUUGGGAGGUAUAAUUGGUUAAUUUGUCAUCAUUAUUAACGCUUUACAACAAGUGGGAGAAACAAUUGAAGAUAUUUCUGAGUUGAUUACCAAUUCAAUAGCUGCAUUACCAGAAGGAACCAUCAUUGAAGUUGGAUUAAGAGAUUAAAUUGAUCAAAUGCUAGCAGAUAUUGAACCUGAAUUGACUCUAGCCAACCUACCAGAAUAAUUAACUUAGGGAAUCGAAAAUGCCAUCAAAUCUAACAUUGUCUAUAGUUUAUAAUAACAUUGGGCAUCAUUUGGAUUCCUUCAGAAUGUGAAUCAAAUUAUAGAUUUGGUUAUUAAAAACCUUUUUGAAAAUAGACCCAAGGUCAAAUGGUCAAAAAUUAAAGGAUAAGUAGAUUUUCAAAAGAUUCCAUGCCUUGUUAAAUUAUUGCCAGGAAUGGAAUCUCUACGAUUUCAUCCAAAAUCAGGAAAAACUAGAGUUGAAAAGUAAGUAGAGGAUGAAGCAACUGAAGAGGAGAUAAUUAAUCCUUAAAAUCUUGGAGAAGCUGUGGUUGAUACCAAGGCUACUGCAUUCAUUCCUUAGAAUGAGGAGAUCCAAACUGCAGUCAUCCAUAAUGUAGCAGAAUUCCACCUUAGAAAUCUAAUUAUACAAUAGAUUGGGGAAUAAGACAUACCAUGGCUUGUCAAUUUCACUGAUAAGUGCUAACAAUUGGAGACAUAAAUAAUCGAGAUCCUCAAUCCUCAACUACCUUAAUUGGAAGUUUAGUAAUAUUGA